AUGGCGUCUCCAAAUGGAGGUGAAGAUUUUGAAACCUCUUUGCUCAGUUUUGAGAAGCUGGACAGAGCAUCACCCGACCUUUGGCCUGAGCAGCUGCCCGGAGUUGCUGAAUUUGCUGCCUCUUGUAAAAAUCCCAUCACAAAUUCUCCGCCCAAGUGGAUGGCUGAGCUCGAGAGCGAGGACAUUGAGAUGUUAAAAGAGUUGGGUAGUUUGACAACAGCUAAUCUCAUGGAGAAGGUCAAAGGCCUUCAGAACCUUGGUUAUCAACUGGGCUUAGAAGAAUCCAGAGAAAUGACCAGAGGGAAGUUCCUGAACAUCUUGGAGAGGCCAAAGAAGUGACACCUUUUAAGAGUUCCCUCCUAUACUUCUGCAAGAUGAAUCCAACUAACUGAUUAACUGUUGCCCAACAAUAUAUUUUUAAAAAAUAAUGAGAAAAGAUUAGUUGUCAAUGAGCACUGAUGGUGUAGUGGUACACUCGCCUGACUUUGAUGCAGGCAGCGUGGGUCCAGUUCCCACUCAGUGAUGGUACGAAUAUGAGUGCGAAUGGUUGUCCGUGUCGGUAUGUGCCCUGCGACUGACUGGCAACCAGUUCAGGGUGUAGUCCGCCUUUCGCCCGAAGUCAGCUGGGAUAGGCUCCAGCGCCCCGCGACCCUAAUCAGGAUAAGCGGUGUUGAAAAUGGAUGGAUGGAUGGAUGGAUAGUUGUCAAUGCAGAAAACCUUUCUCUGGUUGUGGUCUGAGAACCUGUUUUCCUCCCAUAAACUGUUUUUAUUUACUUUGCACUAAACUCCCGAAGACUUUGCCUUGGUUCAUCCAUCCAUUCAUCCAUUUUCCGUACCGCAUAUCCUCACUAGGGUCGCAGGCGUGCUGGAGCCUAUCCCAGCUGACUCUGGGCGAGAGAUGGAGUGCACCCUGAACUGGUCGCCAGCCAAUCACAGGGCACAUAUAAACAACCCACCAUUCACACUCACACCUAUGGGCAAUUUUGAUUUCUCAAAUUGCCUACCAUGCAUGUUUUUGGCAUGUGGAAGGAAACCGGAGUGCCCGGAGAAAACCCACCCAGGCACUGGGAGAACAUGCAAACUCCACACAGGCAGGGCCGGGAUUUGAACCCCGAUCCCCAGACCUGUGAGCCAGAUACACUAACCAUUCGUCCACCAUGCCGGCUGCCUGAUAUUUAUAGUCAUUUCCAGUUAAAUGAUACUUUAUAUGUUGCUGCUUGUUUUGGUAAAAUAAAUGUUUUGAAAUGAAAA